AACAUUUUUUAUGAGAUGAAUUUGAAGAUUUAUCAAUCAAUCAAAAAGAAGGGUAGGAGUGAUGGUGUAUGUAUCUCUUUAUUUAAACUUAAUUUAGUAUUGUUGUUGGUGGGAAGUUUAGAUUAUUUUAUCCAUUCUUAAGUCAUAAGAAUUCUUAUUUCUUUCUUUAGUUUUUGUCUAUUCUUCAAAUUUCUCUUCUGCUUAUUCGUCGUCUCCGAUUCUCUUCCAUUUUCCGGUUCCUUACCAAUCGGGAACAGGAAAUGGCAUCCCUAGCCACUCUAUUCUCUCUUCAAUUCUCGUUCCAGAGACCUUCUACUCGCCGGUUUCUUUCUCGAUUUCAUCACAGAUACGAUUCUUUCAAGCACCGUAAAGAUUGGGUUCGGAGACGCACUCUGCUCCCUGUUCUUUCCUCGUCCGAUGGAACUAAUCAGGAUACUCAGCCGGAACCUGAAUCAAUAUCCACACCUUCUUCUUCUUCUUCUUCUUCUUCUUCCUCGUCAUCGUCUCCUUCAAUUUCGAGUAAUUCAACGUAUACUUUGUGUGCUGCGUUGGGCGGGAUUGGAUUCGUUGAAACUGCGUAUUUGAGUUACCUCAAGCUCACUGAUUCAGCUGCCUUCUGCCCGAUUGGUGGCGGAGGCUGUGAUAACGUUCUCAACAGUGAUUAUGCUGCUGUGUUUGGUGUACCACUGCCUUUGAUUGGAAUGGUGGCGUAUGGAUUAGUUGGAGCAGUUAGUUUGCAAUUGGCGGCUAAGAAAUUGCCUUUUGGUAUUGAUGAAUCUGGUGGUCGUUUAGUGUUGCUUGGCACUACUACCUCUAUGGCAGCAGCCAGUGCAUACUUUCUGUACAUUCUGAACACACAAUUUUCUGGAGUUACAUGCUCAUAUUGCCUAGUAUCUGCUCUGUUGUCGUUCAGCUUAUUCUUUGCCACUCUGAAGGAUUUUGGAUUGGAUGAGUCCAGAAGACGAUUGGCCACUCAGAUAAUUAUGGCUGGCAUCGUUUUUUUCACCCUUUCUACCUCAUAUGGUUCCUUACCCAUUUCUCGAAGUGCUGCUGAACUUGACUUGCCGUACUUUGAAACUGAGCUAACAAAGCCAUCAACCCCUCUGGCCAUUUCCCUUGCAAAGCAUUUGCAGUCCAUCGGGGCCAAAAUGUAUGGAGCUUUUUGGUGUUCACAUUGUGUAGAGCAGAAAGAGAUGUUUGGACGUGAGGCAGCAAAACUAUUAGACUAUGUAGAGUGUUUCCCUAAUGGAUAUCAUAAAGGCACUAAGAUAGAGAAAGUUUGUUCCGAUGUUGGAAUAGAAGGCUUCCCAACAUGGGUAAUUAACGGUCAGGUUUUGAGUGGGGAGAAAGAACUGUCAGAACUUGCUGAAAUUUCAGGAUUUUCGGCUGAUGGGAUAAGUUAAAACAUCCUUUUAUAUUUUCUUCUGUUUAUAUCAAUUCAGUAGGCAUAUAUAGAUAAGUAUAUAAUAGAUAUCUAAUCACUUCAUUUAUUACUCAUCAAGGGAAUAGGUAAUCAGUUCAGAGUCUUACUUUUGCUCUUCUUGAUGUAGAUAUAACAAAUACAAAUGCUUGAUAUUUAUUUUGAAUUAGUUGUCCUUUACGAGUAGAGUAGAGUUUAGAUCAAUUUUUGUUAGAUUAGUUAAUGUUUCAAAAACUUCACUUUCAAUAAUCUAUUCAUAAGUGGUUGUCUCGGAGCAUUGGAUGCUUUGAUAUGUAAGGUUAUAUUGGUUACUUUGGCA